AUGCCAUCUACAUCCAAUCAAUGUGUUGGUGUUAUUUCAAGCAAUGAUGCAUAUUUUUCGGAAGUAUGCAAAGCAAGUGCAGUAGUUCCAGUUGGAUUGACCUUCAUGGCUUUUGCUGUGCAAGAUUUUGAUGAUGUUAAGGGGUUAUUAAAGGUUACAGAAGAUAUAUUAGUUGCUAUUUAAAUAUGUAUAUACUGUCACUGAAAUUACAUACUGUAUUAAUAAUAUGCUACAUCAUGGAGAUGAAAUCACAUUCAGAAUACACAUGCUACUGUACCAAUUAAGUCUCUUUAAAAGAUUAUUUAUGUUUUUGUUACUCUCUAGGAAGACAGUUUUGUCCUAGUGGAGCGUUCUCUACACAACUUUGGCAAUUCACUCUGCUGGGUGUACAGAUGUUCCUGUGACAUAAAUCGCUGCAAUUAUCUGCUGUCUCUAAAUGUUUAUUUACAAGGAACAGUAGAAGGUAGUAUAUUAAUUCAAACAUAUUAUAAAUAAAUGUCACUUUAUAAAUGUUUAAGUUAAACAUCUUAUUUAUUGAAAUAUAUUUUUUAUGUAUCACUUAACCUAAAAUUAUUUAAAAUUAAAACACUUUUUUAAUUAUAACUGUACUUUUGAUGUCUCAGAGUAACAUGUCAACAACAACAAAAGUAAAUAUUAACCCUUUAUUUUUGCCAAUGCGCUCCCUUGUGUUAAUUAAAUAUUAUUUUACUUUUUCUAAUGUCAGACAAUUUUACUUGUCAAGGUGCCCUUUUACCCCCUUAAACAAAAUAAAUACACUUUCAAAGUUGAAUUGAUUUGCCAAUAAGCUUAUAAUUAUUAAUGUGUGUUUGAAGUAUAUUCAACUAAAUAUUAUUUCCAGUCUGCUGACCUAAAUACUCAAAAGUAUUUUCAUUUUGUUUUAUUUUAGAGUUGAAUGGCAGGUCCAAGCCAUGUAACCACUGCAUUGUAGUGGAGAAGUUUAUUGCUUCAGUAGAGUCAGUAGAUGGCACAUUACCAGAGAGUGUUGUAGGUAUGAUGUUGUAACCCAAUGCAAUCUAGUGUAUAGUGUUAUUUUUUGUGUGUGUUUUAAUGUUAUGUACUCAGAUGAAUAUAAUGGUUUUGGUGUUACAGUACUCUGAGUGUGCAUCCAGCAUGCAUCCACACCGGGCACUCAGACAAGUUGAAAAGUUAGCCUGACCACGAUGGGAAUCGAGUUGCGGGUUUGAUUACCACUUUUGUCAGGCUAACUAGUACCUUACCUGCCCAGUGUGGAUAUACACCCGGAGUAUAACAUCAAAACCACUACUGUAGUGUAUUACAUGUAGUACCUUACCUGCCCAGUGUGGAUAUACACCCGGAGUAUAACAUCAAAACCACUACUGUAGUGUAUUUACUAUUUUACUCUGUCUACCACCAUGGAAUAUUUCAUGGGAUAUUUGACUCUCCUGGAGAAGUAAAUAUACGUAUGUACUCUGGUAUAACGCAGAAAAAAAACUGUAACCGCUCCACGCCAUGAUUCGUAAUAAUUUGUAAUCAUUUGCGCGUUUAAGAGCAUCCCCCCUUGUAAAUAUUCAGAAUGGAGAACGUUCAAGGGUCACACCAAAAUCAUAGCAACCUUUAAUGAAGUUUUAACUCAGUGUAGUUUAAAUUAUGUGACCCUACUUAAUUACACAUUAUAUUUUUAGGCAGUCAAGCUCGUUAUAAUGAUCAUGAAUAUUUUGUAAGUGUGACAUUUUCUGAAUUUACAAUUCUCUGCAGGCGUGCGUGUUUAGACAUUUAAAAUCUUACACAUAUAUAGCUUGGUGAAUUGUUUACAGUACAGUACAGUACAGUACAGUCUAGGUGUAAAAUGGUAAUGUAAAUUGGUAAAUGUUUUCCUGGUGUAAGCAAAUGUUAUGACGUAUAAUCACGUUCCACUUUUCACAGAAUACGGAUAACAUAUUUGAAUUGCCAUGCAGCAAGAAUAUUGUAUGUUCUUUUGUUCAUGGCGAAUAUUCGUUUGUUGGAUCGGAUCAGCAUGGACUCAAAUGUCUCACGUGCAAGUAUGACACCCACAAUUGUGUCCACGUUGGAUUUGUGCAGACAAAACUUGAUGAAGAUGAUGAAUCCUUUCCUUUUUUACCGCAAGUUUUUUCUGAUCGACCUGUUAGACGUUCCCCUUCUAUCCCUUUAUGCCUGUCAGAGCAGAAAAUUCAGUUUAAAGCUUAAGUCCGUCACCCUCGCUUGACGCGGGAUUUAAAAUCGAAUUUACAUACUGAUGAAAAUGGCAUCUUUCAAAUUAUGCUCGGUGGUGAUAAUAAUUUGAGCAGUCCUUGUCCAUCGUGUUCAUCUCCAUGGUCGAACGAAAGCGCAAAGGAUGUGAAGUUAUAUCUAUUUAAUGAAACAAUUAUUUGUAAUGGUGAGCAUGAGUACUGUACUGUUGUUAUACAAAUCCUAUAUUAUUGUCCCCAACCAUAAUCGACGUAAUUUCUAGUAACGCUAUAAUAUUUAUCUGCAACCAAGGACUUCAUAACAAGUCAUUACGAUUCUUUAAUUUUUCUCUCCAUUUAACUACAUUUACAUGCUUUUUAAGUCUUUUACAGAUUAUGUUCUAACCCCGCAUGUAACGAGCGUGAAAAUUUUGAUGGCAGUCAGUUUGGAGUUUUGAACAUGGGACGAUAUCUUCUUUCCCAUGAGGUUCUACGUGAUUACAUGCAUCAUUUCUUAUUUGGAAGGUAUCAAAUAUAUUUGCUACAUGAUUGUACAUGUAUAUAAACAGUGACGUUGUAAUGAUUUAUUCAUGAUUUCUGACUGGCUUGCAGCCAACGGUUAAAGCAUUAUAUGGCUAGCCAAAGAGAAAAUGUUGCCCGAUAUAGACGUCAUAGCACGCGAUAUUAAAAAAGUCCCACACGUUAUUACGUGUUAGUAUUGAUGCAAUGUGGAAAAACGGUCAAAAAAUGAAUAAGAUUAAAUAAAUUUCUUAACUGUCUACACGAUAAUAGUAUUAGUCACGGACAAUUGUUAUUCUAGCAAUUGCUGCUAACACCACAAUUCCUCUUAAUGCAUUUUAUGGUGAAAUUCCUGUACGUGUGUUUGUCCGACUACAUUACAUACGCCAGAGUAAGAGUAUAUGUAUACGACUAAUCAUAUGGGUAUGUCAAAGACACUAUCGUCCUUAUAACAGCAACUAAAUGCUUUAAAAUACUGUAUGUUUUGACGUACAGUAUAUUUGUUCGGGUGCGGUUGUUUUUUUUAUCUAUUUUAAAUAAAGAAUAAAACACGCAUUUAAUAUGAUUUUCUUUCUAUUAAUAUUAAAGAUUGUCAAAGGCACCUGAUUGUCUUAUCGGCCUCAACUUGCAGCUUGGGCCAGCGCUGCCGAGGUGGGAGGGCAGGGCAAAUUGCCCCGGGGCCCCACCUUAAUAGUGAGGGCCCCUUACAGUAGCUCCACUCGUAGUCUACCUAAGGUCCAGUUGGAUGACUGACUUGGGUCUAGCUUGAAUAAUGUGUCAUGGGGGCCCCAAAAAAGGUUUGCCCCAGGCCACACGAAUUCUCUGGGCGGCCCUGGCUUCGGCAGAUAAUUAUACAAACUUUGUAUCAUUCUCAUUCGAUAAUUGUUCAUGAACAUUUAUUUGCAACAUUCUAACAUAAAGCAAUCAUACACAUCAAUUACAACCUCGACAGUUGUCACCAUAUCUAGACUUCUCAUAACAUUUGCCUAUUAAUGUCAGUUAUUUCUUUUUAGUUGCACUUUGCAAACAUACCAUCAAGUAUGGAUUCGUCGACUGUCCGAUGUGGAUACCGCGGAAGAAAAGAUACCAUCGUAUAACCAGCUGCGUUAUGCCUGGUAUUCUUUUUUGGAUUUGCUGGAGAUCGACUAUACUGCAAGGAGUACGUGUUCGGAGUGUGGACCAGAGCCGGAGAUUGUUGUUUGCGAUGCUACGACCGUUGCCUUUAGAAAAACCAUGGUUUUAAGGUGUGACCCUCAGACUCCUGUUGAAAGUGCAAAUGUGACGACUGGAAGAUAA